GUGGAGAAAAGUGUAAUCGGAAACCAGCCCUCCUUCUGUCGCUUCCUCAUCUCUCUCUCUCUCUCCCUCUCUCUCUCUCAGUAUGGAAUAGCUCGGCUCGGGUCUCACUCGUCUCUGUGUGUGUGUGUGUGUGAGAGAGUGUGUGUGUGUGUGUGUUUGUGGACGUUACUGCCCGGGACUCAGCUGCUGGAACUGAAACUCUUCUCAGAGGAGACGCACUUCAGAGGAUUCAGGAUUCAGGACAAGCCCCGGGGAAGAGUGUGAAGGUCAGAGGUCAUGGGAAGGUCACCGGGGUCGGAGGUUCCUCUCCUCCUCCUCUUCGUCUCCUUCGUCUCCUCUCUCUCUCCGCCGCUGCCCAGAGUCUUCCUCCCCUUUCAAGAGCUGCAGACGAGUCGCUCCAUCGAGUUCUACACGCUGUCGGAGAAGCAGAUGGACUACAGGAUCCUGUACGUGGAUGAGGAUCAGGACCGAAUGUACGUGGGCUGUAAAGAUCAUCUUCUCUCCAUGGACAUCAACAACAUCACUCAGGGAACACUGAAGAUUCACUGGCCUGCGUCCAGCGCAAAGAUCGAAGAGUGUCAGAUGGCUGGAAAAGAUCCAACUCACGGCUGUGGAAACUUCCUGCGAGUGAUUCAGCCCUAUAACAGAACUCAUCUGUUUAUCUGCGGCAGUGGAGCCUACAGCCCGGUGUGUGCGUAUGUCAACCGCGGCCGACGCCCCGAGGAGAAAGUGUUUCACGUCUCCUCAAAGUCAGAGUCUGGAAAAGGACGCUGCUCCUUCAACCCACAAGUCAACACCGUCUCUGUAAUGCUCAAUCAGGAGCUUUUCUCCGGCGUGUACAUCGACUUCAUGGGGACAGACGCGGCCAUCUUUAGGAGUCUGACCAAUAGGAACGCAGUGAGGACGGACCAGCACAACUCCAAAUGGCUCAGUGAGCCUGUGUUUAUUGACGCCCACCUGAUCCCUGACGGUUCAGAUCCAAACGACGCCAAACUUUAUUUCUUCUUCCGCGAGAGACUAACGGACAACAGCGGCAACACCAGGAACAUCCACACCAUGGUGGCACGAGUCUGUCCUAAUGAUGCGGGUGGUCAGCGCAGUUUAGUGAACAAGUGGACGACAUUUCUGAAGGCCCGCAUGGUGUGUUCUGUUGUGGAGGAGGACGGCACUGAAACACACUUCGACGAGAUCGAGAGUGUGUUUCUGCUCGAGACUGAAAAUCCCAAAGGUCUGCUUUUAUAUGGACUGUUCACUUCCACCAGCUCAGUGUUUAAAGGCUCGGCAGUGUGUGUGUACAACAUGGCCGACGUGCUGACGGUGUUUAACGGGCCGUUUGCUCACAGAGACGGACCAAAUUUCCAGUGGACGGCAUUUCAGGGACGAAUGCCGUAUCCACGUCCUGGAACUUGUCCCGGAGGUGCGUUCACUCCCCACAUUCGGAGCACUAAAGAGUUUUCCGAUGACGUGGUGACGUUCAUGAGGAAUCACCCGCUGAUGUUUAACUCGGUUUACCCGCUGGCUCGGAGACCUCUGCUGCUGCGCACACACGCUGAUUACAGAUACACCGCCAUCGCCGUCGACCAGGUGCACGCUGCUGACGGCCUCUACCACGUCCUGUUCCUCGGCACAGACAGAGGCACGGUGCAGAAGGUGGUGGUCUUACCCACUAAUCGCUCUCUGGAUGAAGAUCUGAUCCUGGAGGAGCUGGAAGUGUUUAAGAAACCAGCAGCGAUAACCAACCUGAGGAUCUCCUCUAAAAAGCAACAGCUGUACGUGAGUUCGGAGUACGGCGUAUCCCAGGUGUCCCUGCACCGUUGCCAUGCCUACGGCUCGGCGUGUGCAGACUGCUGUUUGGCCCGAGACCCGUACUGCGCCUGGGACGGGCGGAGCUGCUCUCCAUUCUACCCUACAGGAAAGAGAAGGAGCAGGAGGCAGGACAUCAUGCACGGAAACCCGCUCACGCAGUGUCGAGGCUUCAACCUGAAAGCCUACAGGAAUGCAGUGGAGAUGUCUCAGUAUGGAGUAAAGAACAACACCACGUUUCUCGAAUGUUCACCCAAAUCACCACAAGCCUCCGUGCAGUGGCUCAUCCAGAGAGAGAACGACCGCAGGAAAGAGGUGAAGAUGAGCGAGCGUGUCGUAGCGACGGAGCACGGCCUCCUGAUCCGCUCGGUGCAGCUCUCCGAUCAGGGCCUGUAUCACUGCAUAGCCACGGAGAACGGCUUCAAGCGGACGCUCGCUAAGAUCCGGCUUCACGUGCUGAGCGAGGCGCUGCUGAACGCGCUCAGCGACAAGCGCUCGUCGCCGUGGAAACCCAAAGCCCUGGCGUCGGCGCUGGGCCCGUCCGAGACGCUCGCCAUGCAGCAGUACUGCAAAGAGCGACAGCAGCUGCAGAGCUUCCGGGUGAAUCCACGAGGAGACAUGGGCAAACUCAAACCACUGCUGGAGAACCGCAAGAGCCGCAACCGACGGAACCACCGACACGCCGAGUAGAACGCAACGAGACCGAGGACUAACAGGAGGCCGCGAGGGCGGAGCUUAGGUUGAAUUUAAACAGCCAAUCACAAAUGUUACUACUCCUCAUUGUUUAUAUAUUUCGUAUUUAUAAUAAUUUAGCAACAUUAGCUAAGCUAGACAGCACCGUAAGCACUAAUCAGUAACUACCUGAUGCUAAGUAGCUAGCUUAAUGUAGCAUUAAAAAAUAUUGGUUUUAAUUACACCAUAUAAUAGUUUAGCAAUAGUAGCUAAGCUAGCCAGCUAUCUAAACCCAGCAAUAUGUUAGUGUUACACAGAUAACUAGCUAAAUAGUAGCACCAUCAUUUAGAUACUAGAAUCUCAUUGGCUCUUCUAAUUUGUGAUGAUGUAACAUGCUGAUUUGCAUUCUCGACCUGAUUAGCUUUUAUAUAUUUGUCCGUAGCUUUGUUACAAUUAACUCUUGUUUAUGCUAGUUUAAAGAUAACUAAACUAUUUUAUUGUUCAAAUUAAAAAAAAGUUUUCCACAAGUAACCUAAUAUUAAGUAAAUAAUUAUUUCCUGAUUUAUUGGCUGAGCAAAACCACGAGCUAAUAAAUUAGCUAUAGUUUGCUAGAUAAAUUAUUUUAUAGCUAAUUAAAGAGCCAAGAGCCAAGUUUGCUAGCUAUAAACAUCAUUAGGCAUAAUUUGUUAGCAAGAUAUUACUUUAUUCUGCUGUUCGAGACCAGAGUCAAAUUUGCUAGCAUGCUAGUUAACGUUAGGUCAAUAACGUUAGGCCAAGUUUGCUAGAAAGAUAGCUAAUCAUUUAUUGUAUAAUUAAUAAGAUUAGCCAUGUUUAUUAGCAAGAUAGCUAACUUAGAUUUAACUAUUACAUGGUGUAAUUAAAACCUUGCUAGUCAGCUAGUUAACAUUAUGCUAGCUAUAAUAAUGUUAUUAAAAUCAGUAGCUAGGUUUACUAGCAAUCUAGCUAAAUCUAGCUAAUAAAUAUUGUUCUGUAAACCAGUAGCUAGCAUGGCUAGUAAGUUUGCUAGCCAAGCUAGCUAAUAUGAGGUAACUUUAGUGACAUCACAUGAUGAACUUAGCGAUUGGACGAUCAGGUUGAACUUGAGCUUCGUCCUUGUUGAGAGCUCCAGGACGGGAGAACGGAGGACUGACGGGAAACGUGUUUUCCAAAUAAAGCAGAAAGAAGGAGAGACGGAUGGACAGAUGGAGGAGAGGAAUGCAGCAGACGAGCAGAAAUGUUUAGAGGAGAUUUAUGACUUGUGUGUUUUCCAAAAAAAACGGAGGGGAAAAAAAGAUAACUUUAAAACUCCUUCUCUAAUACGGACCUGAUGUUUUUACGCUCCGAUGCUUCUGUACAGGAGCUUUUAACGUGCAUGAUGUUACGCUGACCAGAGGACUGUGAUACACACACACACACACACACACCAUAAAGCACCGGAAUGAACUACAGCAUGUCUUCAUUUUUUAAAUCUAUUUAUUUUUUUAGUAGUUCAGCAGGAGGACAGAAAUUGUUAGCUACGUUUCUACAAUAGUUACAUGAAAAAUGGAUAGUAACAGUUUCAGGACGUUAAACAAAAAUGUGUUCUAACGAUUUGUACGAACAAAAAAAAACGAGGAAAGCAAACACUUUUUCGAUGUGAAAACAAAACGUAUUUCGGUAGAUGUUCGGGGAAUGUUUAUAAAAAUGAUAAAAAUGAUAAAAGUAGCAGGUUAAGAGAGUAAAACAAUUAAAAUGUAAAUAAUGUUCCAGUGUGCACAACUUUACAUCAUAUCAAAUAAUACUAAGGUUAACAUUAAACUAGGAAUUUUAAAGUCACACAAAAUUUAGUUUUAAAUAUUAAAUUGUUUUUGACAAAAAAGGAAAUUUAUAAUGUGUGAAUAUGCAAAUUGUUAAACCAGAGUUACAUGGGUAGCUUUUGCAAAUUUGAACCUGAUUGGUUCUUAUAUAAUGUGGCACAGAAACACUCUCAUUUGCAUACUCGAACCUGAUUGGCUCUUUUGCAUACUAGAACCUGAUUGGUUUUUAUAUUUUGUGGCACAGUAAUACUCUCAUUUGCAUACUAUAAAGUAAUUGGGUCAUUAUCAUACUGCAACCUGAUUGGUUCCUAUAGUCUGUGGCACAGUAACACUCUCAUAGUACAACCUGAUUGGCUGAUUUGCAUACUACAACUUGACUGGCUCAUUUGCAUACUAGAACCUGAUUGGUUCUUAUAUUUUGUGACACAGAAGCACUAUUAUUUGCAUUCUGAAACCUAAUUGUGAUGAAGUAACCCUCUCAUUUGCAUACUAGAACCUGAUUGGUUCUUAUAUUUUGUGACACAGUAACACGCUCAUUCGCAUACUAGAACCUGAUUGGCUUUUGUUUCAUGCACAUUAGAACCUGAUUGGCUUUUAUAUUUUGUGACACAGUAACACAGUGAUUUGCAUACUAGACCCUGACUAACUCAUUUGCAUACUAGAACCUGAUUGGCUGGUAUAUUUUGUGAGGCAAUAACUCUCCUGCCACACGUUUUACAACGUUUCCAGCUCCUGUUUCUUAAACGAUCACAGUGAAUUUUAUUCUUUUCUAGGAAAUUUUUUCUCCCAAGUUUUUGUCAGCGCUAAAUCUUCCGUAUCACAUCGAGAAGAGCGAAGGCUAGCUAGAGGAAGAGGAAUCUUCCUCUGAUUUACACUCGCAGCCAAGGUUUUGAGCAAUGAGGCAAAUUUGUGGUGUAUAAAUCAAUCCGUCAAACUGUAAUACCUCACAAUAACACACACACACACACACACUUUAAACUGUCCCAGUCACACAGGAGCUAGCCGUUUAGCAGAGCGGAACGUACCGCUCACCUCUUGUAAAAUGUUGUGUCUGUGAAUUGGGAAUUCCGUGCAGAUGAUUUAAGGGUUUGAGGGUCUGAGAUGAAAAUGUGCUGGAGAGACCGGCGUACAUCCAGCUGUGUAACAGAUGUUAGAGAACAAACAGAGGGAGAGAGAGAUUGAUGGUGCAAAUGUUAUUUUACUCGCCUUCUACUUUAUCAGAACGUCUUUCAGCUCAACUCACAAGCUCGACUGUUGUAGUGUCAAAAAUUCAAUUUAAAAAUAAAAAAAUACUAAACAUUGUUAAUUAAAAUGCAUUAAACAGAAUUAUCGCCUUCUCUAACUUCAAAUUUGUCCAAAAUCUUAAAGAAAUGCUCCCUACGUAGGCAGCCUGCUCCCAAGUGCCACUAAUUUGGAUUUGUCCAUGUUAACAAUACAACAUGUGCUAACGACACUGGAUGAAAAGGGCGGAGAUUACGUUAAAUUCAACCAGCCAAUCACGAACCUCCUCACCACCACAGUACCUAACGUUACCUAACGUUAACUAGCUUGCUAGCAAACCACACACUCUUUAUAACAGAUUGCGCUAAAUUCGAUCAGCCAAUCACAAACUUUCACGCUUUUGCUAGUGCGAUGAUGCUAAUGUUAGCUAGGCUAAAUAUACAGCUUGUUAGCAUAAUUUAUGUUGCUAAGUAAUAUAAAAAAGUAUGCUAAGCAUGACAGAAAGAAUAAAUAAGGAAAGCUAGCAGUGAUAUCAUAUGAUCAAGUGUGUGAUUGGCUGAUUAAAUUACUUAAGCCUUAAGCUCCGCCCAUGUUCACACACGCUGUUAUUCCAAAACGUGUGUGUGUGUGUGUGUGUGUGUGAGUGUGUGUGUGUGGGGUAUAAUUCACAGUGUAAGUGAGGUGUACAGAUUUAUUUAAAGCGCUGAUGUCAUUGUUGUCGUUGUUGUUGUUGUUGUUGUUGUGUUUGUGAACAUGCGCAUGGUGUAAAAUACUUCACUUCACUCAGCUGGACUCAGGAGACGGGUUUAAAACUACAACGACUUCGAUUUAGGAAUUUAAGAAUUAUGUAUUUUUAAUUUUAUAAAAGUAAUUCCAUUCACGUCCAGAUUAAUCGCUUCAGUACAACUGAAUCUACUGAGGUGUGUUUCUGUCUCUCUGCACGUGUUAGAGAUUUUACACUCAUUUAUUCUUAUCAUAUGCAGUUUGUAUCAUUCCUUUAUUAUCUGCACAAUGUGGAAACCGGAUAGACAGACAGUCAGACAGAUAGACAUACAGACAGAUAAAGGAGAGGAAAGACAGAGUGAUAAACAGAUACACAGACAGAAAGUCCAGCAGAUAGACAGAAAUAAAUACAGACAGACAGACAGACAGAUAUGUAGACAGAUGGACACUCCAACAGAUAGACAGACAGACAGACAAACUCAUAGACAGACAGAAAGUCAGACAGACAGACAGAAAGAUAGAUAGAUAGAUAGAUAGAUAGAUAGAUAGAUAGAUAGACAGACAGAUUAUCAGAUAGACUAGAGACAGACAGGUGGAUAGAUAGAUAGAGAUGGACACACAAUCAGAUUGUCAGACAGACAGAUACAAAAGACUCACAGAUAGACAGUCAGAGAGAUAGAGAGAUGGACACACAGACAGAUUAAGGACAGACAGACAGACAGAUAAAGCGAUGACAGACAGAUUAUCAGACAGACUAGAGAGACUUAUAGAUAGUUUGACAGAUAGAUAGAUAGAUAGAUAGAUAGAUAGAGAUGGACACAGUCAGAUUAUCAGACAGACAGUUUGACAGAUAGAUAGAUCAAUAGAUAGAUAGAUAGAUAGAUAGAUAGAUAGAUAGAUAGAGAUGGACACAGACAGAUUAUCAGACAGACAGUUUGACAGAUAGAUCGAUAGACAGAUAGACAGAUAGAUAGAUAGAUAGAUAGAUAGAUAGAGAUGGACACAGACAGAUUAUCAGACAGACAGUUUGACAGAGAAAUGGAUGUAAUACUAUAAUAUAUUUAUUAGUGUUUAGAUAAACGUGUUGACGUCACAUGACCAGUAGCGGUUAAUUUUACAGCUAAAAGCGUGAGGUCAUGUGACAUAGAGCUAACAGUUUGUAGUUUUAUAAAAAGUUUGGUGAGAGAUAAAGUGUUAAAUAAUCAGCCAGCGUUUCCGGUGUCAUUAACGUGGCACAGUGUCGAUGUGAUUAAAGAGAAGUGAAAGGGUUAAACCGGUCUCCUGAGCCGGCUGUGUUAAAGUAACACACUCCUGAACGCUAAUUUACACGCUUUUAUUUCCUUCUGUCUCGAAUUCUGACACAAUCUGCGAUUCUGCAGAGGAUUCACCUUCUCACAUGAAUACAUUCAUUAACAGCAUCGUGCUCCUGGAUUACUUCUGUAGAUGAAAAAUGGUUCGAAUGUCGAUGUUUUCUUUUUCCAACCUUGUCAUAAAUGUUGUGUAUUUCUAUUUAUUAAUGUUAUCAGCCUGAAUAUUUGCAUUAAACAGUCAGUAAAAUGA